AUGACACCGCCGUUCGCCGAAACCACGACAAAGACCAUAAUAAAGCUUCAUAGCAAUGUAAAGAUCAAGAAACGGAAACGCGGAAGGCCGCGUAUCUACGACGAGCUUGGAAAUAGACUUGACGGUAAGCCGCGCACGGAAGAGAGGAACGGUAAGCAACAUCGUGCAAGUGGCAGAACGGGACAAUUGAAGUACCAAGUGCAACUGGCAUCCAGACAGGAUGAUUUUGAGGUGGAUCAGGCGGAAUUAGAGCUUCCUUAUCGAGGAUUGUUCUCCUUUGAUGAUGGAAAUACGUUUUACACUCAGCCUGAUACCGAUUCCCGAAGAAUGUUUGAUAGUCUAAAUAGGAAAAGUCAGCGAGAUAGGCUGCGGAAUUCAGAUAAGACAUUGGUGAAAAAGCCCACGGCGGAGGAAAAACAGGAGGAAUAUGACUGGGAAGCUCAAACAUUGACUGUUUCAAAGCUUCGAUGCGUUCAUUUUGGCAAUUAUGAGAUUGACACCUGGUUCAAAUCUCCGUAUCCCCCAGAAUUUUCCAGCAACUAUGUACUGCAUGUGUGCGAAUACUGUCUUCGGUACUUUGCAUCGUCCUUCUCACUGAAUAGGCAUCGACUGAAGUGCCCCUGCUUCCAUCAUCCUCCAGGUAGAGAGAUAUACAGAGAUGGUCAUUUGUCGAUGUUCGAAGUUGAUGGAAGGAAAGAUGUUGUGUAUUGUCAGAAUCUGUGCCUCUUUGCUAAGUUAUUCCUCAAUUCCAAGACAUUGUACUACGAUGUGGAGCCUUUUAUAUUUUAUGUUCUUUGCCAGUUUGACGAGAAUUGGAAUACACAUCAUUUUGUGGGCUAUUUCUCCAAGGAGAAAUUGAAUGGAACCAAUUACAACUUAAGUUGUAUUAUGACUCUUCCUAUCUAUCAAAGAAAGGGUUACGGUAACUUUCUUAUUGAUUUCAGCUACCUACUUUGUCGUAGAGAGUUCAAAUUGGGCACUCCUGAAAAGCCGCUCAGCGAUUUGGGCUUACUCAGUUACAGAAAUUACUGGAAAAUCUCUGUAGCAAGGGGCAUACGGAAGAUUGUGGACCGCAUCAAUGCCGCUGCUAGUCAAUUGAAACUACUCUCUAUAGAUAACAUCUCCAAUAUGACGGGAAUGAUUCAUAACGACGUUAUUGUUGGAUUGGAGCAGUUGAAUGGCCUUUUGUAUGACAAGGAAACGAGAAAGUUCGGCAUUUUGGUGAAUAUGGAUGUGAUUGACGAACUUUUAUCACACUGGGAGGCCAAAGAGUACCUCACAAUCAAGCCCGAUCUAUUGAUAUGGAAGCCCAUGAUUCUUGGACCUUCUGGAGGUAUCAAUACUACAACCAAAAUGGUUGUCACUGCCGGAAAUGGGAAAAAUGGGGAAGAUGAAUACUAUGCUCCUGAGACAGACUCUGAGGUGGUUACCACAACAGAUUCUGUUAAUGGGCAGAAAUAUGACGAGAAAGGCAACCAAUUAAUGUCCGAUAUCUCAUUGAUUAUAAAUUUUUUGAAGGAUGACUUGGAGGAUGACCGUGAUAUAGAGAUUCAGACUUUAGAGAAAGUGGUGAAGCAGAAUGAAAGCGUGGAUACCAAAACUGAAGUUGAGUUUGAGAGGUACAGGAUCUGCUAUCCAGGCAUAAAGUUGAAUGAGGGUAGACGAAAGAAGAAUGUGGCAAAUAUGGCUGUUGUAGAUGCUGUAGAUGAUAUAAUUAGUCUAGAGGAAGACAUACUACCUCCAGAGGUUGAGGACGAUAGUGACAACGACGAAGAUUAUGAAAUUGAGGAGGAAGAAGAGGAGAAAUUGGAUGAUGACGACGAGGAUGAGGAUGAGGAUGAAGACGGCUACGAUGAUUAUAGAGAUGAGGAUCUCGAAUAG